ACAAUCGCAAGUCACGGUGAGCCAUGCCUCUCUGAGGCCUUCACGUAUGUAUGUAUAAAGCUGAGAAGCCUUGGAAGGUUGCAGUUAGUUAUUUCAGAAGCGUGCUAAACAGAUAGUCACUUGUAAUGGAUACUGCAGAUUAGUGUGACAUUGUCGUACGGCAGUCUGAGCAUAUGAAAGACGGGACAUAAACAAAAACAUCUGCAUACACUUGUGAUAAUUGUUGAUCAGUUUGAGAUCUUGAAUAAUCGGGAUUAAAUGGCGAGCUACUUCGAAAUUUUAUGCGGCGUCGCCGCAUUACUUCUGGCUCUCUACUAUUACUCCACCUCGACCUUCGAUUUCUGGAAGAAUCGUGGAGUAGUUGGUCCACGACCUAUACCAUUUUUUGGAACCAGCAAGGACCUCAUGUUCGCGAAAAUUUCAGUGGCCGAAUACACUAAAAAUAUUUAUGAUAAAUAUAAAAAUGAGCCAUUGAUUGGCUUGUACCAUGGAAGAUUGCCACUUCUCAUUCUUAAUGAUCCAGAAAUUAUAAAAGAUGUCCUCAUCAGGGACUUCUCCAAAUUUUCGGACCGAGGAACUCAUACUUUUGAAAAAACUGAGCCGUUGUCGGCGCACCUCUUCAAUUUAGAAUCAGAAAGAUGGCGGCCAUUAAGAUCAAGGCUCUCACCAAUAUUUACAUCCGGCAGGAUAAAAGAGAUGUUCACUCUCAUACUCGAGUGUUCCCAGCACUUGGAAAAAUACUUGGACAAACAAAUUGAAAAAGGAGAGCCCAUCGAGUGUCGCGAGUUAACAGCAAAAUUCACCACUGACGUCAUUGGUUCCUGUGCAUUUGGAAUCGAUAUGAGCGCAAUGUCAGACGAGGAUAGCGAGUUUCGUCGAAUGGGCAGAGAAGUGUUCGCUGUAAAUUUGGAAAAUAUCGCACGAUUUAAAGCGAGGCAAUUCCUGCCAAAGUUAUACGCGAUGCUCGGAUACGUAUUCUCUGACAAGAAAUACUCGCCGUUCUUCACGAAAGUCGUUGCAGAUUCUAUAAAAUAUAGGAAAGAGAAUAACAUCGUUAGGCCAGAUUUUAUCAAUAUGUUAAUGGAACUUAAAGAACAUCCAGAUAAAUUAGAAAAUAUCGAGUUAACGGAUACAUUACUUGCUGCGCAAGCAUUUGUAUUCUUCGUAGCGGGUUUCGAAACCUCUUCCUCGACGAUGAGCAACGCUCUCUACGAAUUAGCUCGAAAUCAAGACGUGCAAAAUAAGUUACGCAAAGAAAUCAGAGCGUGUUGGGAUAAAAAUAAUGGACACUUGAAAUACGAGGAUAUCAAGGGAAUGGAAUACUUCGACAAGGUAUUUAAAGAAACCUUACGGAUGUAUCCACCAGGAACAAUUUUAAUGAGGCAAGCAAUGUCUGAUUAUACAUUCAAUGGACCAAAAGUUACAAUACCAAAGGAAACGGCAAUAUGGAUCCCAGUAUUAGCGAUACAUCGAGAUCCUGAUAUCUUUCCAAACCCUGAUUCAUUUGAUCCUGAAAGAUUUAACAACGAUGUUGUUGCUGCAAGACAUUCUAUGAAUUAUCUGCCUUUUGGUGACGGACCAAGAAAUUGCAUUGGUGCACGAUUCGCAGUUUAUCAAACCAAACUUGGACUAAUUACAAUUAUUCGCAAUCACAAAGUGGACGUAUGCGAAAAAACUAUGACGUCUUAUGAAUUUGACCCAGGAGCAAUUUUGUUAGCACCGAAAGAUGGAAUAUAUCUGAAGAUAACUAAAUUAUAAAAAUAAUACAAAAACAUGUACAGUAUCACCAUAUUUGCAUUAAAUUGAAGGUUGUUCUAAUUUUCAUAAAAAUUUACUCGUGUUACGAAUAUACAAACAAUUUCUAGUCAAAUGUCAAAUGUACAUUAAUAUUCGGUCAUCAUGGUACUUUAAUCAUUAUUACUCUAUAUACAUAUAUGUACUGUCCGACAAACCUAAAGUGAAGCUUCUGACGUCGCA